UUUCCUCAUCGUCAUUUCUCACUCGGGCAUCGAAGAAGCUUCUUAGUGAAGAAAUAAUUUGGAUAUAGAAGACAGAGAAGAGAAGGAUCAUGUCGAAGAUUGUGCUCGUCCUUUUGGUCUCGGUGCUGGCCACCAGUUUUGCUUUUCCCGCCAACCCUGACGCUGAGGGACAAGAAGUUCCAUUAACCAGAGAGGUUAGAGAAGCGAACCCAGAACCACAUCGCCACGGUUUUGGCGGUCACGGUGGAUUUGGAGGCGGCUAUGGGGGUGGCUAUGGGGGUGGCUAUGGGGGUGGCUAUGGAGGUGGCCAUGGUGGUGGUCUAGGAGGCUAUGGUGGUCAGGGAGGCUAUGGUGGUCAGGGAGGCUAUGGUGGUCAGGGAGGCUAUGGUGGUCAAGGGGGCUAUGGUGGCCAGGGAGGUUAUGGUGGUCAUGGAGGCUAUGGUGGCGGUUAUCCCCAAGGUGGUUAUGGUGGCUAUGGGGGUAGCUCGGCACAAAGCUCUGCACACGCUGGCUCCAUUAGCUCGCCAUUUGGAAGUGCUUCUUUCGCGAGCGCGAAGGCUGGAUCUGCUGGAUACGGGCGAUGAAACAUUGAUUCCUUGGAAUAUGGAUUCUCGAUUAUGACCUAGCCUACGUUGCUCAAUUUUGUACAUUAUUUCCCCACGGCUCGAACAGUAUUUUGUAAAAUAAACUUUUAUAC